AUGGAUGGCAACGCUGGGAAGGUUGGCCUGCUGAAGACGACUGGUUUCUUCGGCUCGAAGCGAUUCUGUGUCUUAAGCGACCACAACUUUGUCGCCUACGAGUCGGACGCCUGCAAGACAGUCAAACUCAGCGUCUCCGUCUGCGGCGCCAAGGUGUCCUCAGCUGACGACAAACUCACCAUCGUCCCGGAGGGUCGUGGGCUCAUCAAUCUGAAGGCACCGUCGGCAAGGGAUGCGCAAGCAUGGGCGGCUAAGAUUGCGGAGGCUGCGCUCCUCCCGUCGGCCGCCUCGACGCCUCCGCAGCCGGAAGCCACGGUGCCGGCCUCGAACGCCUCGGAGGUAGGCGCGGAGCGCCGCCACUUGAGAUUCGGCCUGUGGGUUGCUCUCGGCUUCAUCCCGGUUCUCCGGCCUCGCGUAUCCUCGCUCUACCUGUUGCAGACGCGGUGCCCCGACAGCUUCCUCGCGCAGCUGCCCGCCGACGAGGCGCACGCCUACCUGAGCGCGCAGGUGGCGGACCACGACAGGUCCGCCUCGGAGACGGCCGGCUCGAUCGUCAUCGAGCACGGAAACCCGUGCCUGAUGCGGCAGUUCCCGCUCCGGCCGCUGCACGUGGUGGCGCGGCUGAUGAGCGAGGGCAUGCUGCCUCUCGACCAGCUGCGCUGCGCCGAGGCUGCGGACGAGAUCUGGGUGCCUACCCAGUGGCACCGCGACCUCUUUGAGGCGCAGGGCCUCCCGCCCGCGAGGCUGUCGGUGGUGCCAGAGUUCGUCGAUACGCAGCUCUUCCGGCCGCGCGCGGCGGCGGCGGCGAGGAGGCGAGGCCGGCGCGGCGGCGCCACGUUCUUGAGCGUCUUCAAGUGGGAGCGGCGCAAGGGGUGGGACGUGCUACUCGAGGCGUACUGGCGCGAGUUCCGCCGCUCCGAGGGGACGUUGCUGCGGCUGCGCACGUACAAGCCUGCUUGGGAGCCGGGGCCGGAGGACAUUGUCGAGUGGCUGCGCAGCUUCGCGCGCCAGCGGCUAGGCAGCAGCCCCGGGGCGCUAGCGCGGGUCGAGGUUGUGGAGGAGCUCUCUCGCGAGGGCCUCGCCGAGGAGUACCGCGGCGCGGACGCGUUCGUGCUGGCCAGCCGGGGCGAGCGGCGGCGAGGGGUGGAGAAUAGCUUCCCCAUCCGCAUCGCCGGCACGGACGGCAACCGGCAGGCAGAGCCAGACGGCGACCACUUGCGCCAGCAGAUGCGGCGCGUCGCCACCGACAGCGCCCUCGCCGAGGCGGUGGGCGCGAGGGCGAGGGCCGACGUCGUGGAGCGCUUCUCGGCACGGCGCGUGGGCGAUGUGGUGGUGGAGCGGCUCGCGGCGGCGGUCGCCGCGAAGCAACCGCGGAGGGGUCUGGGAGAGAAGCUCGAGCUGUGA